ACUCAACGAUAGGGUCGUAUGUCGGACCGUCUAAAUAUCGUAUGACAUCAUCCAUCUAGCGUCGUGUAUCUGCACCAUCAAUAAACACACAGCCGGUCGCGUGCUGACAUCAUAACAUGACCUUACAGAGGCAAAAUCAGUCGUGUGGCUGCCUCCGCUGCGAAUGUUCAACGUUUGGUGUUAAUUUUGUUUAUAAUAAGUGAAUUAUUGUUUUGUGUAAACAUAUCCCUGCGAGACGAGAUGCCUGGUAAAGUGGAGACAUUAGCGGACGGUCGAGGCAUACCGGUGGUUAUACCAGAGGAAGAUCACACAUUCGUGCUGGAUGAAGAUGCACUGAGCGCGCUGCUGCUGCGCGAGGACGUGCGGGACCGCGCCGUCGUGGUGCUGUCCGUCGCGGGCGCCUUCCGCAAGGGCAAGUCCUUCCUGCUCGACUUCUUCCUCAGAUAUAUGCACCACAAGUACAUUUUAGGAGAAAGUGGAGAGGGUUGGUUGGGUGCGGAUGAUGAGCCGCUAAAGGGCUUCAGCUGGAGAGGUGGCUCCGAGAGGGAUACCACCGGGCUCUUGCUCUGGUCGCAGCCCUUCAAGGCGACCCUCGCCAAUGGAGAGAAGGUAGUAAUCUUCUUGAUGGAUACACAAGGCACGUUCGACAGCGAGUCCACGGUUCGCGACAAUGCCAUUGUGUUCGCCCUGUCCACGAUGCUGUCGUCUGUGCUCAUAUACAACCUCUCUCAGAAUAUUGAAGAAGACGACCUUCAGCAUUUACAGUUGUUUACCGACUACGGCAGCCUUGCACAAGAAAAGAGUGUUGGGAAGCCAUUCCAGCGGCUGCAGUUCCUCAUCAGGGACUGGAGUGUCCCCUAUGAGUAUCCUUACGGCGCGCAAGGAGGCUUGAAACUUCUGCAUAAACGACUUGAGGUGCACGAAGGUCAACACAAAGAGCUGCAAACUCUCCGCCAACACAUCCAGGCGUGUUUUGAGGAGCUGGCCUGCUUCUUGAUGCCGCAUCCCGGGCUCAAUGUUGCCACCAGUCCCGAGUUUAACGGAAAAUUGGCGGAUAUAAGGGACGAGUUCAAAACAUCUUUGAGACAGUUGGUCCCAAUGCUGCUUGCACCAGAAAACUUGGUGCCGAAACUCAUCGGGGGGCAGAAGGUGAAGGCCAAAGACCUGAUGCAGUACUUCAGGGUGUACAUGAACAUUUUCAAUGGGUCAGAACUGCCCACACCGAAGACUAUACUAGAGGCCACGGCAGAAGCCAACAACUUGUCAGCGGUGGCGGAGGCGCGCGAUGUGUACGACUUCAUCAUGGACGAGGUGUGCGGAGGCGCCAAGCCCUACCUGGACCCUCGCAGGCUGGAAGACGAGCACCGGCGUGCCAAGGACAAGGCGCUGCAUGCGUUCCAUAGCAAGAAGAAAAUGGGAGGGGGAGAACUUGCCGACUCUUACAGAGAACGACUAGAAAAGGAGAUUCAGGAACAGUAUCAGCAGCUGCAAGCGCACAACGAGGGUAAAAACAUAUUCCGCAUGGCGGGCACGCCGGCGGUGCUGGUCGCGCUCGUGAUCCUCGGCUACCUGCUGAGCGUGCUCGGCGGCGCCUUCGGCCUCCAGACCCUGGUGGCUGUGGGCCAGAUGAUCAUUAUAUCGUCCACCGUUACGCUAGGCGUGUGGGCCUAUAGCAGGAUAAGUGGCAACAUGCGCGAUAUCAGUCUGCAGAUUGACGGAGUCGCUGACACAGUACGAAACUACGUGAUGCGCCAAGCGGUUGGCGGGGCAUUACUCCACUCGACAGAUUCCAGUGCGGACAAGAAGAGCUCAUAACACGAACGCUGCAGUGGAGCUGUACUGUGUAAUAUGGACGGAUGCUUUAAGAUCAGUGUUGUGUGCGCAAGUGGAUUUUUAACUUUGAAGUACAUUUUCUCCCCCCAUCACAGGCAUAUUUGAGGGGGUGGGGCGGGCCGUGCCCAACCUGGAAUUGUCUAAUGUCCACCCCAGAAUCCGAGUGGAGUUACGCAAAAAAUAUCUGAGAGUACAUAAACCUAUUAUAAGGGGCCAGUUGACGGCUGGAAAUUAAACUUAAAUAUGCUAACGUUUCCGAUAUUCUGCCGGAGUUUGUUGGAGUCUGAUGAUUUUAAUAAAGUAUUUUUAUCAGGUAAGAAGAGGUAUAAGUUUGAAGUCUUCGUCUAUACCAGGGGUGGCCAAUCGGUCGAUCGCGACUAUUAGUCCAGUCGAUCAUGACGAGGAAAAAAAUUCAUUUUUUUUAUGCUACUUAAAAUGACAAACAAGCUGACGGCCCACCUGAUGGAAAGUGGUAACUAUCGCCUAUAGACAUGAGCAGUACCAUGGACAUAACAGAGUAUAUUGUUUCGCCAAUGAUACUUCCCCCUCCAUGCGUUGCCAUUCCUGAGGACUCACAUGCUAUUUCUCUGUACCCUGGAAAUUCGCUGCCAUAUCGCACCCUUCAAACCGAAACACAGCCAUGCAAUCACAACUGCUUCAUUGUAGAAACACGAAUGGGACAGAGAUAUCCAAGCAAACGACUUUUGUACAAAGUCCCCCUCUGGUAAAAUUUUGCUAAUCCAGCGGUAGAUGCUCAGACGCAGUGCUCACACUAAUAUAAAUAAGUAGUUACUAAGAAAUAUUUCAGUUGU